AUGGCUUCUUCAUCUCUUCACAUGGCAGAUGCAUACUAUGCCAUAGUUAUUUUGGCCCUUGUGUUGUUAUGCACAAUCGGAGAGAACUCUCUCACAGAUUUUGAAUUGGCGGAGGUGAGAGGAAACCAGCUCAAAGACAGGCCAUGCGAGGAAAUAUAUGUUGUCCGAGAAGGUGAAACUCUUCACACCAUAAGUGACAAGUGCGAGGACCCUUUCAUCGUCGAGCAGAAUCCUCAUAUACACGAUCCUGACGAUGUUUUUCCUGGACUUGUAAUAAAAAUCACUCCUAAGCCUACCAAGGUAUAG